AUGGCGAAAGAAGACAAGAAGAAGACGAAGAAGAAGAAGAAGGCGUCGCGGCGCCAACGGGAUACGCACGACGUUCAAGUCCAGACGGUCGUCAAGACUUCUCGACGAUCGCGGCCGUCGCCGUCUCCCCCGACGAGUGCCGAGAGCUCACAGGAGACGAAGGAAGCUGCGCUCGCGUCGGAGGUCGCGGUGCUCAAGUCGUCGCUUGAAGCAACGCAGGGCAUACUCGACCGCGUCACCCGCCAAAGGGACAGGCUGAAGAACCAAAAUUGCACCGAUGACAAGACGAUCGCCGACUUGAAGCAGCUCCUCGACAGGGCCACUGCAACACUUGCCGAAGACGAUGGGCCAGGAUCCGAGCACGACCGCAAGCUUCGAGAAGCCUCGGAAGCAGCAACGGUGGCGGCGAAGCUUCAGGCGGCUGAGCGCGAGAUCGAGACGCUCAAGCAGCGCGGAGAAGACGUCAACGCGUUGUCGUUGCGUCUCGAGAUUGCCAACUGCGAGAAUGCUGCGCUCAUCCAGCUUAACGAAGAGGCCCAUCGCGAGACCGAAGGUGUCUUGACGCGGAUGCAGGAGCGCAUCCAUGAGCUCGAAGGCCGCCUUGCGCAAGAGCAGUUGGCGCACCAAGCUACUCUCGCCGAACGUGACGCGCUGGUAGCAGUAACGUCAAACCGCUCGAUCGCCCGCCUUCCGCGGCAGCCCGUCAGCUCCAGAGCCCUGCGCACGCGUUCGCAGCAGUUGACUAGUGCUAUACAGCACUACACCCGCUGCCCCGACGUCGUCUCGAGCCUCGCGUCUCCCGUGUCUGCUGGUCUCAAGAACCUCGGGCUCACCUGCUACAUUAACGCGGUGCUCCACAGUCUCGCACACACCGACUUUCGCUCCAAAGCCUCUGACGAGCACGACAAUGCGUUUGCCAUGGCCCUCGCCGACGUGCUCACUGCUAUCCGCAACGGCGACACGUCGUGGAUCGGCGACGACCAUCCCGUUCUCGCGUUCCAUAUCGGCCACCAAGAAGACGUGCGCGAGUACUACGACUGGCUUCUCGACCAGCUCGAGUCCACAUCGGUCCCGGUAGCGGUCAUGCUUUAUCACGACGUGACCUUGACGUGCGUCACGUGCAACGACGCGCGUUCCAACACGGAACACAUAUAUGUCCUCGCCUUGACGCUCGAGUCGGCGUCGGGCUCCGUCGCCAACGCGCUCGCCGAGCAGUAUCCCGCGGGGGGCGUAGAGUCGACGGAAAAAGUGGAUUGCGGAACGUGCAAGGUGAAGGUGCAAAACCACACGUCCCGCGAACGCGUGCUCUUGUCGCCGCAGGUGCUCGUCGUCGACCUGCUCCGCUUCAACGCCACUACGAAGCUCCGCCACAAGGUCAUCAACGACCACGAGAUCAUGUUCAACGAGGCAUCGUACGAGCUCGUGGCCGUGGUCGUUCACUUGGGCGAGUUCACGGCAGGUGGGCAUUACGUCGCCUACGUGCGCACUCAUCCGAACGAGUGGUACCUCAUGGACGACAACAAGCCGCUCAAGUGGGUGUUGCCGGACGAAAUUGAGAAGCUCGAAGGGUACUUGCUGUUCUACCAGUGCAAGGUCGUCCCGGUGGCGAACGCGCCCGUCAGCAGCCUCGUCACCUCGAUCGACAGCAACAAGGACGGCGACAAGGAUGACGACGACAUGGACGGCGGCAGCGAUGACGACACUCGUCACCCCGCCAAGCGCACCACACCGCCGACGAGCGACGCACAGCCGUUGAUCAACAAUGCUCUCCGGAACAACGACGAGAUCGACUACGAAUGGGAUGCGCCGUCGUUGGACAGUCGCGACGGCGACAAGGACGACGACGACAUGGACGGCGGCAGCGAUGACGACACUCGUCACCCCGCCAAGCGCACCACACCGCCGACGAACGACGCACAGCCGUUGAUCAACAAUGCUCUCCGGAACAACGACGAGAUCGACUACGAAUGGGAUGCGCCGUCGUUGGACAGUCCCGAGCCGUCGUCUUCAGCUGCGAGAAGUCCGGAGAGCGCUGGAACGCCGAGCUCUGGGUCAUCCGUCGCGUCGCCUUUGGACCGCGCCGACGUGCUCGAGGACGUUCGUGAUAUCUUUGCGAGCUUUGGACCGGUCGUCAACGAGCACAACCGCAAGAUCCAAGAAGAGGUCACCGCACGCCUGACCGACGCGGACGCUUCCGACCCAGAGAUGGCGUUACCCAGCGACUUGGGAGCUGCGCGGGGCGAGGUAGCAUGGCUGCGCCAGCAUGAGAUCUGCUCCAACUUUAUUGGUAUGGCGUUCUGCUUGGCGUCUGCCAUUGUCCAGGACCCGGACGUCAGCGACAAGAUGGUCGCCGAGCUCCGAGGCCAACUCAGACUUGUCGGUGUGGCCGACUUGCAGACGGACCCAGCACGCAUUGCUCUCGUGCUCCAAGACGUGUUUCUCACCGCCAACUUCGUCAUGUUGCGACGGCCCGUCGUCGACGACACGCUGCGAAGCGAAAUCAAGGAGCGGCAGAAGCGCUCAUGGCUCGUCAACACCACACAACCGCGGCUCUGGCCGCCGAGUACGGCAACGCUGGAGGGUGUGCCUUCUCAUGCCCGGAAGAUGCAAACGACCAAAAAGAAGCACUGGGUCCGAACGGCCGUACUCAGGACAACGGCCCCGAUGGUGCCGAAUUCGCUGUUCGUGCUGCCGCAUCGUCUCGAUCCCGACGAGCUCGGCUGGCACUUUCCGUCGCUCACGGACGACUUUGUCGACGGAGUCGCGGCCGUCUUCAUCUACAAGUUUGACGAGUACUUGGGCGACGUGAUUGUCGACGACGGCACGAAGUCAUCGGCGGCGGGCUUUCCGAUCGAAUUCAUUCCGAAGAAGAAUCCCACGCUCACGGCGUACCUCGUGCCUCGCUUCUUGCGGGCCAUUCGAAUGGCUCGAGCAACGCGGCGAUCGGUGGCGCCGAUUGCCGACUUGGAAAUCUGCGCCUACGAGUUGCUCAACCAACUCGAAGACGCUAACGCCCUUUUGUCUGCCCUCUUUCGCCGCAGCGGCGUCAACAUGAAGAAUAUGGACCUCUCGUGGUUCGGCCGCGCGGACGCCACCUACUUUUGCGCUCCCACAUGGAUAUCGUUCCCCAAUUACGCGUGCACCGUGCUCGACACCGUCCAGAAACUCCGGAUGACGCUGCAGCGAGCGAUGAAGAAGAGCUGUGGCACGAUGCACAACCAGCUCGACGAAUGA